GAGAGUGACACCCGCAAAACGGAUAUACCUCAAAAAAAAGGAAGGAUGUGAAAAAGGAUGGAGGGACGCAGGAAAAGAGGGGGGAAAGGCUGGUGAAAAACAGCACCCUCUCUUAGUGCGAAACACAUCUGCCUCCCCCCUCGGCAGGUUGCCAUGGUCGCCAUACCGACUCUCUCUCUCCUGUUGGUCCUCGCAGAGUGGAUGGGUCCGGUGGUGUCGUCUCCCCACCUCCUGCUGCGGCCCAGCCCGCGGGAACGUGAGGCAGGGACAACGAUGAACUUCAACAUCGCCGUGAUCCACGCAGGUGCCACGGUGCAGGCUGAGGCGGCGGUGGCGGGGCCCGGAGGCAGGGUGCUGUACCCCGGCUUUGGCCGGGUGUACGGCUCUCUGGGGGAGAGCGUGGUGACCCAGUGGGGCUCUGCCAAUGUCAUCUGGCUACAGGUGAAUGACAGUAGUCCAAAGACGGUGCUGUCCCAGCUGUGUGAGCUGCUGGCGGCGCGCCCCCUGCAGGGUUUGGUUUAUGAAGAGGAAAGGCCUCCGCGCACAGCCUGGGGUCCUUUGGCCCCCAUGCUGGAGUUUGUUUCUGCACAAACCGGACUACCCAUAGUGGCUGUUGGAGGGGGAGCGGGGCUGGGGAGGAUGCCACAGGAAUCAGGUUCCAUCUUUCUCCAGUUCAGCUCCUCCACAGCCCUUCAGUUAGAGGUCAUCUUCGAGGUGUUGGAGGAGUACGACUGGACAGCCUUUUCCGUGGUGUCCACGCGGCACCAUGGCUACCAGGAGUUCCUGUCGGUGGUGGAGGGCCUGACAGACGGCUCGUUCAUCGGCUGGGAGAAGAAGAGCGUGGUGAUCCUUAACGUGACUGAUGACCCUGGGGGUGCACGCACACGCAGGCUGCUGAAGGAGAACGAGGCGCAGGUACGUUUGCUGUACUGUUCCCAGGAGGAAGCUGAGCUUGUUUUCCGAGCCGCUUGGGCUGCAGGUCAAGCCGGAGCCUCUCACAUGUGGUUUGCUGUGGGGCCGGCCCUCUCUGGUUUGGGCAUGGAGAGUUUGCCCCGGGCUCUGUUUGCUGUGCGGCCCCAGGGUUGGAGGGAUGAACCUCGCCGGAGGAUUGCUCGGGGCGUGUCUGUGCUGACUCAUGGGGCAGUGGCCAUGCGCAAGGAUUACGGAACCACAGGCGGCCCAAACUUUGUCACCAACUGCAUGACGGACGCCAAUCACACGCAGAGACUGCGGGGCAGGAUGAGGUAUUUCAGCAACAUCACACUUGGUGGUCGAGAUUAUUCCUUUGACAGCGACGGUUACCUGGCCAAUCCAUUCCUUGAUGUCAUUUCCUGGACACCUGGUCGUGGAUGGGAAGAUGUAGGCUGGUGGGAGAAUGGGGUCCUGAGGCUGCGGUACCCAGCUUGGUCCCGUUAUGGGCCAUUCCUUAAACCACCUGAUGAUGCCCAGCACCUGCGUGUUGUCACUUUGGAGGAGCGACCAUUCGUCAUUGUGGAGCUGGCUGACCCUGCGUCUGGCACCUGCAUCCGUGACUCAGUGCCCUGCAGACGGCCCUUAAACAUCAGUGCCAGCCAUGAGGGCCUGGCUCCCAUGAAGCAGUGCUGCAAGGGCUUCUGUAUUGACAUCCUUAAGAGAUUGGCGAGUAUGGUCGGUUUCACCUAUGACCUUUACUUAGUGACCAAUGGGAAACAUGGGAAGAAAAUUGAUGGUGUUUGGAAUGGUAUGAUUGGUGAGGUGGUGUACAAGCGAGCAGACAUGGCCAUCGGCUCUCUGACUAUCAAUGAGGAAAGGUCAGAGGUUGUGGAUUUCUCUGUCCCUUUUGUGGAGACAGGGAUCAGUGUCAUGGUCUCCCGUAGCAAUGGAACUGUAUCACCAUCUGCUUUCUUAGAGCCCUACAGCCCCGCCGUGUGGGUGAUGAUGUUCGUCAUGUGCCUGACAGUGGUGGCGGUGACUGUCUUCAUCUUUGAGUUCUUCAGUCCUGUGGGCUACAACCGCAGUCUCCAGACGGGAAAGAAGGCCGGAGGAUCUACUUUUACGAUUGGGAAGUCUGUGUGGCUUUUGUGGGCAAUUGUCUUCAACAACUCGGUGCCAGUGGAGAACCCGAGAGGAACAACUAGCAAGAUCAUGGUGCUGAUAUGGGCCUUCUUUGCUGUCAUCUUCCUGGCCUCUUACACUGCUAACCUGGCUGCCUUUAUGAUCCAGGAGGAGUACAUUGACACGGUGUCAGGACUCUCGGACAAAAAGUUUCAGCAUCCCGAGGAGCAGUAUCCACCUCUGAAGUUUGGCACGGUGCCCAAUGGGAGCACAGAAAAAAAUAUACGAUCCAACUACCCAGACAUGCACCAGUACAUGGGUAAAUACAACCAAAGAGGAGUGGAGGAUGCCAUAAUCAACCUCAAGACCGGGAAACUGGAUGCUUUUAUUUAUGAUGCUGCAGUACUGAACUAUAUGGCCAGGAAGGACGAAGGUUGUAAGGUGAUGACCAUAGGCUCGGGGAAGGUUUUUGCCACCACAGGCUACGGUAUCGCCCUACACAAAAAUUCACGAUGGAAACGUCCUCUUGACCUGGCCCUGCUGCAGCUGGUGGGAGAUGAUGAGAUUGAGAUGCUGGAGCGCCUCUGGCUGUCAGGUAUCUGCCAUAAUGACAAAAUUGAGGUGAUGAGCAGUAAACUGGAUAUUGACAACAUGGCUGGGGUCUUCUACAUGCUGCUGGUGGCUAUGGGUCUCAGUCUGCUGGUAUUUGCAUGGGAACACUUGGUAUACUGGAAGCUGCGUCACUGCAUGGCCACCAGCUCAGGCAAAUUGGACUUCCUCUUGGCAAUCAGCAGGGGCAUGUACAGCUGCUGCAGUUUUGAAGAUGAAACGGCACCGAGUGGCGUUAAAUCUUUGCCUCCUCAUCAUCAUAGCGCGUUGCUGACAGUCCCAUCACAGGCACAUGUGUCAGUGUCUUUGUCCAACCCAGCUAUUGCCUUGGCACAGCAGCAGCAACCACUGCAACAACAGCAACCGCAGCCCAUCUACAAAACACCUCUGCCAGGCACUCCUCCCACCGUGGUACAUUCUGGCACAGUGCUGGGUCCUGUUAACACACCAAUUUCAGGUGCACCGCUCCCUUGUUCCACCUUCCUGCCCCGCCCAGACCGCAGACUGGCUGUGGUGGAUCGCUGGAGGCUGCCUAAAUCGGCUACAGCCACCAACCCUAUGGCUGUAAGGGGAGCCAUCACUGACAUGGGACCCUUUUCUCAGAAAGUUCCUCCAAACUGGGCUUCAACUGGUGGAGGAGGAGGGGGACUUGAUGGCUAUAAAAGAUAUUAUGGCCCCAUUGACCCUGAGGGACUGGGGCCCUGCAUGGAACAGCAAGCAGGGUCCCAGACCCCCAAGACUAUGCCAAGGGGCCACCCCCAGCCUCCUCCAGCCAGUGUGGGCUUCUACUCAGAGAAAGGCAUAGACCAUGGGGUGGGGAAGAGGGUAGUGGGAGAUGGCAGUGGAGGUCAGGGGAAAGGGGGCAGUAAAUCUCUUUGCACUCCCAGGGUGACUUCUAAGAGUCAGGCCCCACUUCCACCUACACCUCCACUACCACAUCCCUCUCCCCCUCUCCCCUCAUCCAUCUGGAAGAAGCGCAGACCCAAGAAACCCAAAGAGCCAGGAGGACCACUGUAUGAGAACAUUCUGCCUUUGGGACGAAGGGCAGGAGCAAGAGAUGGUGUGAGGGAGGGAGGAGGAAGGAGGGUACGCCCCCUUUCUCCACCACUUUCACUUCCUGUGCCAAUACCCCUCAGCCCAACCUACAGCCCCUCAUCUCCCUCUGCAUCCUUACACUAUAGCUCCUCAUCCGCUUCAUCAACCACUUCAUCAACAUCCACGUCUUCAUCUGCUUCAUCUUCUCGCUCUACCUCACCGACCUACUCUUACAGCUCCUCCAGGAGCACACGAGACAGGACUGGAGGGCUCGAUGGUGAGGAUGAUGAUGAAGAUGAGGAGCUGACAGAAGAGUCCAGCCUCCUUCUUGGAAGGGGGAGGAUGAGAGAACGUUCAAUCAUUCGGCCUCGGUCCUUCAGCCAUGGGCGACUUCCACCACCCAUACCCCCCAGAAAACCACGCACAUCUUGGGGUGACAGGGAAAGGGUAAGAGAGAGAGAAAGAGUGGGAAGCCAACUCUCUCAGCUCCAAGAGUGGUGGGCAAGCUGGAAUGAGAGAGAAAGAGAUAGGGGUGGAGAUACUGAGAGGCAAAAAAGAGAAAAGAAGAGAAGAAAAGAGAAGGAGAAAGAGAAGAAGAAGAAGAAAAAGAGCAAAAAGAGGAAAAAAAGGGAAGAAAGGGAAAGAGAGAGAGAAAGGGAAAGAAAGAGACGGAAGGUGAAAAAGAAGAAAAAGAAAGCAUUAAAGAUAAAGAAAAGGAAGAAACCUACUGGGGGAAAACAUUCUGAGCCAGAAGAGGGAGAUAUAGAGCCAGAGAGAGAGGGAGAAGCAGAAGGGGAAAGGGAAGAACAAGACUACUCUUCAUUUUCUGCUCAAUAUAGGAGCACAUUUGGGGAGAAGGGGCGGGAUUCAUGGGAAGAAGAAAGGGAGAAAGGCAGAAGGGAGGGAGGCGAGGAGGAGGGCAAUGACAGGGAAGAGGAUGAGAACAGCAGAAGUAGGGAAAGGCGCCCCAAAUCCUCACGUUCUCGUUCCAAACUUCACACCCCCAGUAAACGAUAUCCCAACCUGAACAAAUUCCCUGCAUCAGUCAAAUUCUGGGUUAAUGGAAGAGGAGAGAACUCUAAUACUCCGUCAACAUCACUGCAUCCACUAUUGCCAAACUCCAAACGACGGAGUGGAGGGACAGAGAGAGAAGAUAGUGGGCGACUUGGAGAGCGCCGUCCUUUGUUACUGCAUUAUGAAAAAGAGAAAGCACAUGAAACAAGAGAAGGGUUGUCCUUCCAUGAGUGGGACUCUGAGGAUGAUGAUGAUGAUGAUGAUGUUGAGGAACAAGAUGAGAGAGAAAGAGCCAGGGAGCAUGCAGAACAGAGGGGAAGGAGAACAGGUAGAGGUGCAGUAUCUGAAUCAGAGAGGGACAGGGUUAGGGUAGAAGACAGUUACUCAGAUGAGGGUUCGUCAGGGGAGUUUGGACGUUUUGAAAGAUACUGGGAGGAAGGUGCAGGAGGAAGCAGCACAACAGUAGGGGGGAUAGGUGGAGGAGGAUGGUUCUUUGGUACCUACCCCUCCAGAGAGAAAGGCGGCAGUGUCAACAGUCGGGAUGAUUCCGUACUUGGGACCCGGGCAGAGGGUUGGAUUACUGGUGAUUUCUGGGGUUCUGGACCAGGUGUUGGUUGGGGGUCAGGGGGAGGAAGUGGAGGACUUGGAUCGCAAUGGCCACCCCCACCCACAGCUUUCCCUCUACCCAGACGUUAUUGGUCUAUGGACAAGAUCCCUGUAAAGGGAGAGAAAAAGUUCAAGAGUGGAGGAGGAAAAAGGAAGGGCCGAGCUAGGAACAGAGGUGACCAGGAAUCAAGACGACUCACCAUGUGUUCCUGUAGCCUUUACUCCCAGCCCCAUCCUUACCCACAUCACCACAGCCGCUCGCACACUUCCCAUUCCAAAAGAGAGUCUAAGGCACUUUCUCAUAGCCAGGAAGAGCUUCUUCCCCACUGCCACAGCUUCAGCGGGAGCUCUCGAUCCAAGCCUCUGCCCCCAAAACCAGAUUCUAGUCAGGCCAAAUCAGGCAGCCAAUCUAACCUCAGUCUCAGCACACAGCCCACAGACCAUCCGCCUCAGCAUUCUCCGUCACCACCCCAGCAGCCGUCUAUGUCUCCUACCUCUCUCCCAAUGCCCAUCCCACUUCCUCCUUCCUCAUCCUCUGUCUCACCACCAGCAGGGGUAGGGAUGGCAGGCCAGGGCCAAGCUCAAUGCUCGGCAAGUGCCAAGCUCCAGUAUCAGAGACUGCGCUCAGUGCCACAGCCACGGAGGUUUUACUCCCCUCACCUGCCACUCAAAGCCAAGAGCCUGUGUUCACGCCGAGGGUCUGCCCACUUCUCCAGCCUGGAAAGCGAGGUAUGACAGGGGGAGCGGAGAGAGGGAGACGUGGGAGAAAGCAUGACACCAUUUGAGAACCAUGAUGCUGUUGCAGGUGAAGCCAGGGAUGACACAAAAGACAUGGUUGCCUUGGUGACCACAGGUAAUGAAUUAGCAUCCAUCACAGCGGGAACUAAUACGGACAGUAAUUCCACUGCAAGCACUUCUCUGCGCGAGAGCAACAUUACUGCUACCCGUGCAAUUGUGCGUGUCCUUGUGAAGGCGACAGUGAGACGACACACCAGGGUGAGCUACAUCUGUUUGGAUGGUUCCCAUGAUGAUGAGAG